AUGACCACUGCACAAAGACUUCUCAUCACUAUGUCUUGUGAAGCCACCAUUCACCGGACAUUGACUGCUUUUACUCUGGGGUUUUUAGCUGGAAUUGCUUCAACACACCCAGUUGUAAGCAGAAAUAAUGGAACACUGCUGGAAAGAGGAUGGCAAUCUCUGUUGUCCAGAUCCAUUUCUGAGAUGUCAAGGGAGAAGUCAGAUGUGAACUGGGAGGGUGACUAUUUGCUAGGAAUCAAGAGGCAACAGAGGCUUUACUGCAACGUGGGCAUCGGGUUUCACCUUCAAAUCCUCCCAGAUGGAAGGAUAAAUGUUGUUCACACUGAAAACCAAUACAGCCUCUUUGAAAUAUCUACUGUAGAAAGAGGUGUUGUGAGCCUGUUUGGUGUGGAAAGUGCUCUCUUCGUUGGAAUGAACAAAAUGGGGAAGAUGUAUGGAACUAUUUCUUUCCAAGAGGAGUGCAAAUUCAAAGAAACCUUGCUACCCAAUAACUACAAUGCAUAUGAAUCAAAUGCUUACCACGGUGCUUAUAUAGCACUCAGCAAACAUGGGAGAGUGAAGAAAGGAAAUAAAGUUUCUCCUGUUACGACAGUGACCCACUUUUUACCGAGAAUAUGAACAUGAUCAAAGGAGAUCUAAAUCCCAAGAAAAACUGCUUCAUUUUGCACACAGGAAUAAUUUCCCAGGUAAAAUAUAUACAUUGUUCAUUGAAAAAAAAAUCUAUAUAUGUAUGUAUAUAUUUGGAUGAAAAUAUUUGUACUAGAUUCAACAUAGAGAAUAUGUAUUCUGCUUCUCCUCUACUCUGUACAAAUUUUACAUGUUUGUGUGCCUCCUUUAGCACUGAUCAAAGAAAAAUACAAGUUGGAGUGCAAAAGGAAAAAAGUAUUUGAAAAAUGUAGAAUUUCUGUGAUAAUUAUCUAAUCAAUCAUUUAUUAUUGACAAAUUAAUAUUAAUUACCUCAGAAAAUAAGCCUUCGUAGUGAGCUGUUUACAAAUCAUGUGCCAAAUCAUCAGAUGACUGCUUUGUCAGAGAUUCAAGUAGUUUGCUCUAUCUGAAUAUCUGCCUGCACCUCCUCUUCUAAACUUGUACACGUGGGUUCUGUCUCAUAAAGUCCUCAGUCGAUUUUGAUCAUGAUGGUGUUCAUUCCACAAACAUUUCCACACAAGCAAACUGUCUACCCAUGGAUCCCCUCUGUUUCUGAAAAGAUUCUGCAGGGUAUCCUCACAUGGACUUGCUGAUAAAAUGAAAACUUACAGUAAAUUUCCACUGGGAAGACCCACAGGAUAAAUCAGAAAUUGAUCCUAAAUGCAAAAUACAUCAGGAUAUGCAGAAACUGAGUGUCACCCACUUGGCAUUUUGUGUGCUGUUUAAGUUUAGAUCCACCUCCAAUACAGAAGUGUACACUUUUAAUAUGAACGUAGACAUGGGAAGUGUGAGUGUAUGUCUAAAUAAUUAUAUACUUAUAAUGUAUCUCUGGAUGCAUCCACUCUCUAGAUGCUUAGGUGCUCUUAUGUACAUAGACACACAUAGCAGUGAAUACUUAAUGGAAACAUUUUUAAUUUCAGCUGAAUCUUGUUUGUCUUUAAGAACUAAAAUAGAACUGCAAGAUAUAAUUUAUAAAUCGUAUGGAAUUCAUGGAAGUUUCCAGCAAAGGGUCAUUGUAGAAAAUUACUCUGUUUUGAAUUCCUUUCUAUUUUCUACUUUUAGUAUAUUUGGUUCUUCUCUAUUAUACCUCACUGAGGUAUGAAGGACAGAAGAAGAAAGAAAUUAUAUAAGCCCACCUUCCCAGAUUGUUGCACAGGAAUUUAUGCUAUAAUUCCAAUUUCCAUCAGUUGCAAAUUGUCAUACUUAAAUAUAACGUGGCAAGCUAUAUGGAAUUUUCCCCAAUUCUCUCCUAGAAGCUAUACAAAUGGUGAAUAACCUUUCCUUACUAUUUUAACAAUCUUUUUCCACAUUACCAAUGAAGCUACAUUCUCUGUGUCUUUGAAAGGGAAUUUUUAAAGGCCCUAAGUCAAUAGUCACUGUAAAUGUUGGUUACCAGUAGCCUUGAGAUUCUUGUAUUGAUGGCGUGCUCCUCAAUUUGAAACUAGAUUCAAUGCUAUGUCAGAGCAUGAGCAUUUUCAGCAUAGGUGGACCAUGCUGCUGCAGAAGUGAACGUCUGAGUGCAAUAUAAUCUCCCAUGUGCAGCUAAAAUGUGACUAUGUCCAGCCUUGACAUGCCAUUCUAUUUGCAGUGGAUGUCUAUUCAUAAUGAAUUUGAGUCUUCUGUCAUGUAUGAAAAGCACUGUUCACGGCCAGAUUCUUAGAUGGUGUAAACCAGCAAAACUAGACUCUCAUUUUAUAGCUGCAGAAGAUUUGGCCCAAAGAGUCGAACUUUCUGACUAAUUGUCAAGGCAAUUCUUUUGUGAAUAUGACAGUUUUCCAGCUAGUUUUGUGUGAUUUAUACUUGAAUUUAUUUUGCUUGAAUGUAAGUGGUGAUCGUAGCAUAAGUGAAGAACAGAAAAAAUGGACUACUUAUCAUACGCAAAUGGGACACUUUGUAUAUGACAAAAGAAAUGAGUUACUCUUAAUUUUCUGAUCUGGCAGUAUGCAGAGAGAAUCUAAAUUGGCACAUUUUGUUCAUCCACGUUGUGCGCAGCAGUUUGUGUUAGAAAAAAAAGAACCACAUUUUAAGAGAAAAAACAGAGUGUUUUGAGUGGGGAGAUUUUGUCAAAGAAAAGUUUGUAGGAUGUCAGUUAAAUUAGCAUAGGGUCCCUAAAGGUGUGGAUAGGCAGACUACAUUAGUGUUAGCUAGCAAUCUGUAUUCUUGUGUUAUAUUCCUAAUUGUCUUUGAAAUGAAGUUUGAAGAAAGUAGGAAGAGUGCACGGACAUAGAAGAAAUCAUUGUCUGAACGUUGACACAAAUGUUUGUUUCUGAUUACACCAGUAUCAUUAGGUUAGAAUGAAGUCUUUUCCCUCUUAAGCCUACAUAGUCUGGAGUAAUUUGUUGUUGUCAGUACUGCUAGGUAAUGGGACAGCUGGCAUGAAAGAAGAGAAUCAGAGUCACUGACUCUGUUUUGUACGUAUGGGUCAACAAGAACAAACUGUAGAAACAGAUUACAAGAAGUCUCUUUAAAUGCAGCCUUCUGGGCAGAACUUGUUCUCAAGAACUGCAAACUCCAGCAGAUGCUGUUUUGGGGGACACUUGUAAACCCAAACCAUUCACUCUGCUGAGUUCCUUUUUACACCACUGCUUUGUUCAUAUUACAUACCAAUGCCAGCCACAUCAACACUUGAAGCCAACACUGAAACCACAAAAGUUUUCAAUGCCAGGAGUCCUGAUUAAUAUGAGAGUGAAUUACGCCAUUGUCAGGUGUGGUAAGUUUGGCAGCAAGCCCCUCGAAUACAACUAGUGCAGUGAUGCAGCAUUGUGCUGAUUUAAACUAUCUGAAUACAAUACUUUGACAGAGACUCUUCUUAAGUGAAUGCUUGACUACACUCACUAAAGUAGUCAAGGCAUUUACUGACAUAUUGCUGUGCAUAUGCACGCAGUCUAGAGGGAGCUCACAGUAGAUGGAAGACUUUGAAAGACUGCCACUUACUUUAGAUACUUCCAGAUAAACUUGCUGAACUGGCACAGAAGGAAAAAAUACCAUUCAUCAGUAGAAUUUACGUAAUAUGGAAGUUAUAGAGAGCAAACCGGUAUGAUCUGGCAAAUUCUUAAGCAAGACAUUUUUGAAAAGAAUAGUUCCAUGGAUAUGUAACUAUGUAAAGUCAAACUCGUGAAAAUGAAUCAGUUUCCCAAGUCCAGGCUAAAUAAGAAACCUAUUAUUGACAGGUUUUUUUGAUGGUCACUUUCAAAGCAUCUCAGUGUGCAUCAACACAGUCAUGAAAUUAGAUACCAUCUUUGACAUCAUUGCUAUGAAUUCCCCAUAUGGGCCUGUGUGUCCUACCACAUAUGCCUUGCAUAAAAGAUCUUCAGCUUAUAUACAUUACUUGUGUUACAUAUGCAGAACUUUUCCCAGAGGUAUGUUACACAUGCAGAAGUUUCCUGGAGGUGUGUUACAUAUUCAGUAACUGAUUCCAAGCAGGACCUCCUAUUUCCUAGGUACAAAGACUCAGCAGAACUUCCUUAUCUCCUUGGUCCAGAGACAUGGCUCUUUCUGUUAUCUAAACACAUUGCAGACUAUCCAUCAAGGAACUCUAGCAACCUUAACAAUAUCAUUACAACCUGUAUCAAAAUAAAUUCAGUUUUCCCCAAACAUGUAGAGAUACAGCCACACACACAGCGGAAAACCAGAGUAAUUUAUGUGUACCUCACUAAUUAUUUCAGUUCCAAGAUUUUAUUUUGCACAGUAAAAUAGUGCCAAAGUUCUCACAUUAUUUUUUGUCAUUAAAAUAUACCUCAUAUUAUGACUCAGUAUGGACUCACAACUGAGACUGUAAAUUUACAAGAAAAAUAAAACUGUCCAGUUCUUUGUGAAAUUUCUUCUGUUUUUAUACGUGUGUGCUGUGCACAAGAGUUUAAUGUGUGCUGUGCACAAGAGUUUAAUGUAUUCAUAAAAUAAACUUUUAUAUAUUUUUGGUAGUGUUUUGACUCCAAAUCUUUUUUAAAAUUGUUAUCUCCUUGCUACAUCUCCCAUAUUCAAACAAAAUUUGUUGCUUUAAUUCACCUCUAGAUCCAUAGAACAUAUUGGCAUGCUUAAAAUUGUGGUAGACUUUUCUGUUCUUCAGACUUCUUACCUGGGAAGACAUAAGGGAUUUAUGUUUGUUGUGAAAUUUCACGGA